AUGGAGCCCGAGACGUCCUCAUCUCGUGAGAUGACGUCGUUCACUGUGCUAAGCGCUGCUGCACAGGUCAUGGCACCUCGUGUAGGCACAUUGGCUUUGGCAGGCCGGCAGGCACUGGCGACGCCGAAUCUUGUCCCGCUCACGUCGAGGGGUACUGUGCCCCAUAUUUCCCAUGAUUUGGUGCGCAAAGAGACUGCAAUGACGAGUUUCUACGUUGGUUUAGAGGAUUUCAUUGAACGAAAACAUCCUGCUCCGUUAUACAACGUGCCUGUCGCAGCGAACGAAUCUCCCCUCAAGAAAUUCAUCUGUGUCAGAAAUGACGACACCGUGGUUCUGGGGCCGCGGCGAUUCCCUGCGAUUGCGUGCCCGCCUAAUAACACCGAGACAUCCAUUGCGAUCUCAACAUCGGUUGGGUUCCGACAACUUGAAUCGCAAAAAUAUAUAGAGGCCAUACAAAAACUAAAGCCUGACAUUGCUAUUGGCCUGGCAGACCUUGUCAUUGGCAGAGCCCCGGGCUUGAAAAGGCGAGGGAAAAUGGUGGAUCGCACGCACGCCUAUACCCGCGAUGCACUAGAGCGAUUGUUUGGACAAUCCAUGACGGAGGACAAGAAAUUGGGCACAAAAUACUUUGCCCCAGUACUACCACUGGAUAAUGCGGAGCAGUCCAUCUACCUCGAUGACCUGGAAAACGAAUUUCGGGACCGCAUCUCGGGCCUGGCUCUCUAUGAAUCCGCAUCUCUGAGCUUCAUCUCCGAAUCUUUAGGCAACCUGCCUCGACUAUUGCUGAGCGAGCCGUCAAGUCCGCAUGAAGUUCUUCGGGAAAUUUCCUUAGGCGCUGAUCUUCUGACGGUUCCAUUCCUGCAGACAUGCUCAGAUGCAGGUAUCGCAUUAGACUUUACCUUCCCUGUCUCCUCGGCGGUAUCAGCUCAAAGCGAGGCGCAAUCCCUGGGCUUCGACCUUUGGGCACCAGAAUACACCCAGGAUACCUCUCCAUUGGUCGAAAGCUGUGAAUGUUAUGCCUGCCGAAAGCACCACCGCAGCUAUUUCAACCACCUCCUGCGCGCAAAGGAAAUGGCCGCAUGGGCUUUGCUUCAAAUGCACAAUCACCAUGUGAUGGAACGUCUCUUCGCAGGUGCCCGCGCGAGCAUUGCGCGUGGAACAUUCGACCAAGACAUGCAAAAUUUCAACCGAGCAUAUGCCUCUGACUUGCCGGAGCAAACGGGCGAAGGUCCCCGGUUACGCGGAUACCAAAUGCCCGCCGCCGGACCGAACCAGCCUCGACGCAUGCCCAAAGUAUACGGCCGUCUGGAUGAUCUUUCGCAGAAAUUCGCCGAGUCUCAAUCGUCCGUUGCGACACCGGACACGGAUGCGGAGGGCCUUGAAAAGCACGGCUUUGCUGAAAAAGUGUAA